CCUGAGAGUCAGUGAGAGGUUGUAGCGAUAGAAACAGCAGGAGAACACGGGCUGAUAAAAAAAAGUAUCAUUUACUGAAAGAGAGAGAGAGAGAGAGAGAGAGAGAGAGAGAGACUCUGCACAAAGGCGACGUGAUCGACCCUCAUCAGUGGUAGGAAACAGUCUGGAUGAUUGAGGACGAGGAGGGAGAGUCAGAAUGAAGAUGCUGUCGUCUCUGUUCACCGCACUACGGACCUUCACUGAGCUUAACUUCCAGUCGUCUGCCAUGUUUGAAGGCUCCGAGGCAACUGAGGCAGAGGGAGGCAGCACAGACAGCACCAUGGCCUCCUCCAUCACCGCUUGUAAGAAGGUGCUGUGCAGUAACAGUGUGCUGGACUCCUCCGAGUACUGGCUGAGGAAUGAGAAAGCUCUGUGCAGACUGGGCCUGCUGGACGAUGACACGGAGGGCAGCUACACCACAGUCUGUUUCGUAAAUGUGGACCAUCAGAAAAUGGACCGUCAUGAUGAGAAAUGCAUCAAGAAACUGGCAUCGGUGUCUCCAGACCUGCCAAAGCUUGUUGAAUCGCUGAGUGUUCACCAGCCCAAAGAGAAUGAGAUCCUCCUGCUCGGUGGCUUAGAAGCCUCAGAUGCUUGCCAAACUCACCCACACUCCCUCUCUCAGGGCCAGCAGCAACAGCGAAGUGCAGUUGUGUGCCUGGUUCAGUGUUCAGGGCAGAGACACUCCACCCAGCCAGGCAGCAUCAUCUUUGAGGUCAACAAGUUCCUGAUUGGUCUCCAGUGGGGAAAAGAGCGACAGCCACAGCAGGGCCGAGCAGCUGGACAGCGGCUUGAUGAUGACACCAAUCGCUCCAUCUCUUCCAUAGAAGAAGACUUCUUGACCGCCUCAGAGCACCUUGGCGAUGACAGUGAGGACGAUGGCUUCAGAAACGAGCCAGAGAGUGGCGAUGUGGCAGAAGGCCUGGUCGAGGUUGCACAGAAACACUGCAUCAGACUUGCAUGUCAGAGGGGACAGCUGGCUCAUCGUCAGGACAAGGAGGACUUUGAGGUGAAAAAGGAAGGGCCCCAGAGAGCCAGUCUCCACACUAAGGAGUCAGCUGGCCACUAUGCCACCAACCUGGCUGAGUCAGUGCUGCAAGACGCCUUCAUCCGCCUGUCUCAAGAUGAAACGUCCUUCAUUCCUGAAGCUGCUGUCAGUUUGUCCCUCUCCAAUCAUCCCUCUAAGUCUUCACGUCCUUCACAAGCAAAAGAGCCUACCCGACAGCGCACCUGCUCCUUUGAACUCCCUAAAAUUGUCAUAGUUCAAAGCCCAGACAAUUCUGAGGGGGCUGCAGAGUGGCCAGGGACCCAGGCCUCUCAGGUGCCUGACGAUAAUGUCCCUGCUGAAGACAAAGAGAUGCCAGAGGAAACACAGCCACACAUUCCCCAUUACAAUGGAGGACAGCCAUCCAAACAUGUCGAGGUGGCUUUGGCUUGUGCUGCCAAUGUCAUUGGCACCAUUACUACCCCACAGUUGACAGAACAGCUCACCACUGAGCCUGGUUCAGAAGAAGACACAGAGGAGGAGCUGCAGGAACCUGAGGAGGGAGCUGACUACUCCUUCUCAUCAGCCAUGUGUGGCAUGGCUCAGGUGGCUGGGGCUGUCGCAGCAUUGGACCUAACGGAAGAGUCAGGAGAGGGUGGUGACUCAGACGCUGAUUCCACCGAAGUCUACACAGCAUCCCGGGGGCUGAUGUCUGCAGCCGAGGCCUCCGCUGCCUUCACGCUUCACUGCAGCGUGGCAGAGGGCACCAGUAUUGAGGCCUUCCGUGCUAACAUUGCUGAGGUCCUACACAGGGAAGCAGCUGAGGUGCUGGCUCAGCCUCGGGGCUACAAGAGUGUAGCCCAUCUGCUGGAGGACACCCACAACAAGAUAGUGGAUGGCAUUACUUGUCCAAAAAAAUCCCACCUGGAUGAAAAAGAGGUGGAUGAGUUAAUUGGUGAGGUGGCAGACAGCCUUUUUAAACAUGCUUUGGAGAAAGCAAAAAAGAAAAAAGAACUGGAAGGUCCUGGAAAAGAUGCCCCCAGCCUCCAGGGCUUUCUGCAAGACAGUGUGAACAGUUUGCUCUUUGACAUCCUUUGCUUGACACAGAAGAAAAUCAGUGACAUUUCCAUCGAUCAAGGGUCAUUUGACACACAAGAGGGUGAUGAAUGUGGCAGGGAUGCUGCGACCACCAAAGAGGGAAGGGAUCCAUUAAGUCAAUUACAACGCAUGGUCGGAUAUAGCCAGUCCAAUAACAGUGAGAACCACAGCGGCAUGCUACACUGCACAGAUAAGUUUACCGUGGUUCCUGGACGGAGUGAGGAAAAAUAUGUACUAGACGAGAAGGAAAGUGACCUCACUGGAUCAUCUUCCCCAGCACGUAGCAAAGAGCUACAGCAGCAGUUAUACAGACAGGGUCAAGCUAAAGCCACCUCCUUGUCUGCUAAGGACUGCUCUGACCACCAACAGAUCCAACAGGUCAGUUGCACCAUCAAAGAACCACUGAGUGAGAUCUCAGGCUUCAACACAGAGAAAAAGGGGAGAAUAGGGGCAGGGGGUGACAACAGACAGGCCUCCCUCACCCCACAGUCUUCCCUCAAUUCCUGCAGCUCCCUACUCUCUCUGAAAACAGACUUAGAGUCCAGGACACCUGUAAAUUGUUUUGCUGAUGACCUUGCAACUACAGUGGUGUCUAUGGCCACAGAGCUGGCUGCCAUCUGCUUGGAGAACUCCACAGGGAAGCAGCCCUGGUUCUGUGCCCUGAAAGGGACAUCUGGAGAGGGGCCUGAAACCUACUUGCUCCCGGCUUGCCGCACAGUGCUCAGGAGGAAAGAGAGCCAGAGUGGCUGUGCUGCCUCUAAGAAACAUCGGGCACCACGUCUAAGCGAGAUCAAGAGGAAAACGGAAGAGCAGCCAGAGCUGAUGGAGCGGUUGGUGAACCGUGUGGUGGAUGAAACUGUCAAUCCAGAUGAACCCCAGGACCCUUUUGCCCUCUUUGCCUCAGAGGUCACAGCCAGGAUCAUGAAUUGCCCUGAGCUCAAUGUGGUUGAUACCUCCAAAGCAGGCCAGCCACGUAGCAGGCUGCAGUGUGAGAGGUGGAGCCGAGGGAAGGCAUCUAGUUAUGAGAGCAUUCCAGAAGAAGAUGGGGACCCCUCUGGCACACCCAACACUUUGGGGCCUGGAAGCCGACUAGGCCAGAACUUGAGCAGGGGUAGCUCAAUCUCUAAGCAGUCAAGCUGUGAGAGUAUCACAGAUGAGUUUUCACGGUUCAUGGUAAACCAGAUGGAGACAGAGGGCAGGGGGUUUGACCUUCUUCUAGACUACUACGCAGGGAAAAAUGCUAGCAGCAUCCUGGCUGCAGCUGUGCAGCAAGCUGCCUCCAAGAAGAAUGGCCACCUUAAUGUCAGGACCUCCUCCUGCUUGUCCAAACAGUCCAGCACAGAGAGCAUCACAGAGGAGUUCUACAGGUUCAUGCUCCGUGACAUGGAUAAGGAGAACAAAGAGUAUGGCAUUACCAAGACUAAAGAGUGGAGCAAUAGCCUGCUCCCCCCUUCUCCCAGAACACCCUUCUGUAUACGACAGUCCUCUGUCCCAGAUCGACGCUCUUCAGACUCCCGACUGACUGUUAACUCACCCAUCAAAGCCAACUCUUUUGAUGGAUUUGCCCGCAAUGUGCAUGGAGACACACUAAACAUUUACCCCACCAACUCAGUGUCUGCCACAGGCCUCUGUAAAUCAGACUCCUGCCUCUACCAAAGGGGCAAGACUGAUCAAAUCACUGAUCUACUGAUUCAUGAGACCUGGUCCAGCUCCAUUGAGUCUUUGAUGAGGAAAAACAAGAUCAUAGCUGAUCCAGAGGACAGCAUUGAGCUCGAGGCUGCAGGAGACCCACAGCCCCAUGUCCAGCAGUUUGCUAAUCGCCUGGCAGCUGACAUCGUAGAGACUGGCAAAUCUGCACUGGGGGGCCAGGAUGGAGCUGGGGGCGCUCUUGGGUGGCAGCCACAGCCACACAUGCCUGUAGGUGAAAGAAGGAGGGGGUUCAAACAGUCUCGGCCAAGUUGUAGUAGAAGCAAAGCCAGCCAGGAGCAAGCUGGCUCUGCGUCAGGAACUGGGGCAAGUGAUAACAGUGCACCACGCAUGAGGGGUCCCAGGGAUGUGCCACUGAUCCACAUUGAGGGAGAUCAAAAGGAUGAAGAGACGUCCCAGAAUCCUGAGAGUAUGGGGGCACGCCCCCAAGACAUACCCCCAGAAAUGUCAGCCCCCAAGCGCACAGAGAAAGCAUCACCCAGCAACAGCAGCAGUGAGAGGGACAGGCCAGCUGCGGUGGUGGCUGCAGUAGUCAAGAGGGACAAGCGUUCUAUGAGUGCUAGCAGUGAGGAGAGCAUGGGGAGCUGGUCCCAUAUAACCCCUGAAGAUGACCCCCACGAGGAGACCAGUAGUUUUAUCCAGCUGAGCGAGGGAAAUGGGACCAGCAGCGCAUCCAGCCUGGGCCUGGCAGACCUGGAUGCCUUUACUGAUGUGCCCACCCAGAGCACAGUAGUCAGUGAGGAGACAACGAAAGGCCACCUGCCAGGGACCAAGGAGAAUGUCUUUGAGAGCAGUUCAGUGAGGACAGCAGGGGGCAGUAGCAACCUCAGGGAGCUGUUGGUGGUGAACUGUGACCUGGAACCAGAGUGUGUGGACUCAGAGCUGAGGGUGGCUUUGCAGUGGAUCGCCGCCUCCGAGCUGGGCCUCUCUGCUCUGUAUUUGACAAAGUCCAAAGAAAUUAGGGUCUCAAAGUUCCAAAGGGUGGUCCAACUGGUGUCCCAGAAGGCAUGGCGCAUUGCUGACCUGUUCAGCGCACUGCUUCAGUUCUGUAAGCUCCACGAGAAAGAGGAAGAGGAGGGCAGAUCUUUGUCCAGCCUGUUUGAUUGGCUGCUGGAGACCUUUUAGCGUGGGCCAGACCCGUCAGUCCGCAAACAAACACACAUGCCCACCUGCUCACCACGCUCCUCUGUGCCCCAUCCUUUCUCAACAUGCCAAACCAUCACACUAGUGUCUCCUAAUGCUGUCUGAAAGCACAACUUGAUCCCUCCUCAGCACACCUGAGAAGUUCAUCCGCCUCACUGCCCUCUGCCCUUGACAUUAUCCAUGGAGGAUGUGUUAUUUUGUGUGUGUGUGUGUCUACAAUCAUGAUUGGACUAGUCUCCCUUUAAUAUAAGCACGUUUUGUUUUCAAAUGGUCAGGUCUUGUGAGACACACACACAGUAAAGUGUAGGUAUUCAGGUUUGACAUUCUUAAUAGGAAUGAAUCAGCCUUUAAGAAACUCUAGUCAGCAGGUUUUAUCUGCUUCAGAUGUAAUAUAAUAUAUAUUGAUUCUCACAACCAAAUUAUGUUAUUAAGUAAUUAAUUUAUUUAUUUGUUCCAAAUGAACACACAAGACACAAGGUACCAAUAGAAGAGAGGAAAAUCAGGUUCAGUUUUCCCCACAAUACAAAAUGACGAAUAGCCUAAACUUUUGUAUAGAGACUCCAAUGUAAAACAGGCUGUUGAAAUGUAAGCCCAGUAAAAGCCAUCCUUCCACUUCCUCCUGGCAGCCACUUGCAGGCGCACAUAUGCUUUAAGUAAGCAAGAUGUCCAAACUGUUGUUGUUUUUUGUUGGCCAACACAAACACUUCUGUUGUGACCUUGACUUUCAGUUCUGAGUAAGUACGUUAUCUUUGUCGUUCAUGUUACUUGAGAACUGUUAAUUUUGGAUAGCUGUACAUACUGUAGAUUCUGAACUGCUGCACCUUGGAGUAGUGGACUGCUCUCAUUAGUUUUUACAAUGUCAGGAAGACAGAGGUAGAGCAAAGGUUUGUAAUGUUGAAUUUGUAUGUGAACCUGGUCUGUAUCUUUCUCUACAUAGUGGUACUCUAGUGUUUUAUCGGAAUGGGGAAAAAAAAGCACACAGUUCAGCUGUCAACUCUGUCACUGUAGAACUGAAUGUAUUUAACUUUGGACAUCAAUAAAUUUCUGUGAUGUGAAAUACA